GGAUGGCCAGAGCGCCGGCCAACUACCGUCUUGAGAUGGUUGCAAUUUCGCCCUGCUGGCUUCAUCCAUCUCAAGGAUCAGAGACACGCAAUGGCGGACUUGAAAUAAUCCAAUCAUCUACAGGCGGCAGUGGAACAACCGGCAUUGUAAUAACCCAAAAGAGGCUACCGGAGCGACAGAGCGGCACGCAAGCUAGGUCACGGCUAACAGCCGCCAUGCGCACAUCCUUCCUAUGAUCACAUGCUCCCGUGGAGGCGCGCAUCUUCUCCGCCAACGGAGCUCCGCUGCUCGUUAUGGCGCUGUCUUCUUACAGGCUGUAUCCACACAGCGCCGCGCAAGAUGCCAUAAUGGACAUCUCUCUGCGGCUAUACAGCGCACUACACGAAGUAUAUUCACCUUGGGCAGGCUAGCUACUACGCGAGCACUUUUCGCAGCAUCAGCGCCUCUAGCCGAGCUUGUAGGUCGCACGGGAUCAGACCUUGCAGCUCGACGGGCCUUUACGAAGAUGGCGACGAAGGAUAAGGUCUUUGUGGGAAGCAUCGACCAAGGCACAACCAGUUCCCGCUUCUUGAUCUUCGACGAGCAAGGAGUGCCUGUAGCGAUACACCAAGAAGAGUUCAGCCAGAUAUAUCCUCAUCCUGGAUGGCACGAGCACGACGCCGAGGAGAUAGUCCGGUCUGUUGAGAGCUGUAUCGAGGGUGGCCUGAAGGCUUUCGAGAAAGAUGGCCACUCCAAGGACAGCAUCAAAGCAAUUGGGAUCACCAACCAACGUGAGACUACUGUAGUGUGGGACAUCACAACCGGCAAGCCGAUCUACAACGCCAUCGUCUGGACAGAUACACGGACGUCGUCCCUUGUGCGUGAGCUCAAGGAUCGCCCAAACAGUGACGGCUUGCAAGAAAUCUGUGGCGAAGCCAUUUCCACCUACCCUUCCGUCUCCAAGCUCUUGUGGCUGCUGAAAAGUCAAGACAAGGUCCGGGAGGUGUACGAAGCAGGCAAUCUAGCGUUUGGUACCAUCGAUGCCUGGUUAGUAUGGAAGCUCAACGGCGGGCCGGAAACGAACGUCUUCGUUACCGAACCAACCAACGCCAGCCGGACAAUGUUCAUGGACAUACGUACGAUGAAGUACAGUGACAAGCUGCUCGACUUCUUCUCUUAUGAGUUUGAUCUACGGAAGAUACACAUGCCCCAAAUCGUCCGAUCUGCGGAUACGAAAGCGUAUGGCCAGUUACGCUCAGGGCCGCUUGCCGGCUUUCCUAUCACUGGAUGUCUUGGAGAUCAAUCUGCUGCACUAGUCGGCCAGAAAGGGUUCGAGGCAGGUAUCGCUAAGAAUACGUACGGGACGGGCUGCUUCUUGUUGCUCAACACGGGCACUACACCAGUCAUCUCAACACAUGGUUUGAUGACAACCGUUGUGUAUGACUUCGAUGGAACGCCUGUGUACGCGCUUGAAGGUAGCAUUGCUGUCGCCGGUUCAGGCGUGAAGUUUUUGAUGAACAACCUCGGCUUUUCUUCUCAGUCUCACAAGAUCACAGAGCUGGCAGAGACCGUUCCUGAUAACGGUGGGUUAGUGUUCGUCACGGCAUUCAGUGGUCUUUUCGCGCCGUAUUGGAUCGAUGAUGCGCAUGGCACAAUGUUUGGUAUAACGCACCACACAGAGCGUGGCCACAUCGCGCGCGCGACGCUUGAAGCAGUAUGCUUUCAGACGAAAGCCAUCCUCGAUGCCAUGGAGAAGGACUCCGGCCAGAAGCUCUCUGAACUAAGAGUCGAUGGUGGCAUGUCCAAUUCCGACCUUUGCAUGCAGACUCAGGCAGACCUUGUGGGCAUCCCACUGAUGCGGCCGAAGAUGCGGGAGACUACCGCUCUCGGGGCUGCCAUUGCCGCAGGCUUCGCUUCGGGCGUAUGGAAGAACUUUGACGAGCUCAAAGAGGUUAAUGUGACGGGUCAAACUGUCUUCGAGCCGAAGAUGGAUGCUGCUGCUAGCAGGAAGAUGUUUAGGCGAUGGGAGAAGGCUGUGAUGAUGUGCCGGGGCUGGCUCGCGGAAGAGGCUGCUGAGGAGGGAAAUGCCGAUGCUGCGAACGAUCUGAAGGAAGGGUUGGGUAGAGAACAGGACGAGGGGCUUGAGAAAGUGGACUCGAAGCUUACCGCAUGAGCAUUUCUCAUCGUUUGCAGUAGCGUUGAAGGACAUAUUUCAUGCUGUUCAUCAAUGUACCAUGUGCAUGAUCGGUUUGUCGUACUUUGGCGCAUUCGACUUUUUUGUCGGCGUCCCAGCUGCCAUCUAGCUCAUGCAGUCAUGUCAGGAGACCAUACCUGGGACUGUAUAUGAUCCGGGAAGUGGGAAGUUGAUAUGGUAGCAAUGUGGGCUGGAGCAUACACAUACGUUCAGUGAAGUCAUGCGG